UUUCUAAAUACAAAAAAAAUCGAGACAUCAUAAAACAUACACAUAUUUUCUAAAAAUUUCAUAUAAACUCGGUUUAUUUUUUACUUGGUGUCACUAGUGUACACUAGUGCAGAAAGUUCGGCAAUAAAGAAUAAACCUGUGUGUAUAUUCUAACCUCAAAAAUCUAGCGUGGAUGGGAUGUUUGUCUCUAUUGGAAGCUCUAUCACGAUAUCGACGUUGACAUUCACCGAAGGACUUAUCAAUAGGGACAAUCUUUGAUCUAGUUAUUCGCCAGGCAAUUUUUUACAAUUUUCCUUUACGAUGAACGUGUUCGCACAGAGGCUAAGUCACUUACGAUGCACAUAUUCCACGCUAUUGAGGUUAUCCGACAAAAGCGGCUACCUGCGACACACUUUUGCGCCAACAAAACGUAAGUUUGGCAUUUUGACGCGGUUACGCGUGCAACAUGUAGUGUGCACGUGCAGCACUCCGUGUCGGAGAUUCGUGAUGCCUAUUCCCAAUCGUCGCGUCGAUGAACGUAAUGAGAGGAGAGGCUUAAUGGAAAACGUAAAGGAAAACGAUUAUGCGCAUAAUUUGUUUUUAAAUUCUACUAAUUAUGCGAAGAGCACGCUGCAGCAGAGCCUGACAUACGCUUACGUGACAAACGAGGAGGCGUUAAAGAUCCUAAAAAUAAAAUGGGACGAACAGUUGAUGACGAGCGAGGAAAUGCUGUCAAUGGUCAAGAGACUGUCGUAUAAUAUUCGCUGUAGCAACGAGAGGAUCGACUCGAGCAUGUACGAAAACUUCUUCAACAUGCUGUGCAAGCAAUGUAAGAAUCUGAGUAACGACAGCCUGAAGAUACUGAUGCGGCAUGUAGUGCCAUUCUACAACCAAUUCUUCAAUUGUAGUUUUUACCAAAAUCUCUGCCAGCAAUUGGAUAAGGAGUGUGUGGCACGCUUCGCACACUCAGAGAUUAAGAUUAACAUUAAUGAAAUGUUGUUGCUCUGUGACAUAAUAUAUCAAAUAAUGCCUAAAUCCGAUUCUUCAUAUAUGUGGAAUGCCAUGAGGAAACUAGGCAACAAGCCUGGUAAGCUUGAUCACAACCAAUUGGUACAGGUGUUGUUCUUCCUGAAUGUGUGUCGGAAACCGCCUAUAAAUAUGUACGAACUCGAGUAUCGCUUAGAACAGUGUCUAGAUGAAUUGUCAAUCAAUGAAAUGGGUGUAGCGUUAUUGGGCUUUUUCAAAACCGGCACAAGAAUCAGAAGUACCAGUCUUUUGCGACGCAUCAUAAAGAAGACCAUCGCUACCGUCGAGUCUAUAGACAGUAUGAGUCUCGGAGCGAUUCUAAAAUUAAUACGGUACAGCAUGCAACUCACGGAGAUCCCGUUGUUGCAGGAGUUACUAUCGUCUUUGAUACCACAAGUGCCACGUUUCAAAUUAAUGACCCUGACACACGUUGCGCACGCGUGCGCGAAAGUCGCGCUGGUCAAUGAAGAACUCAUGGACAAAAUAAUCAAAAGAUUGAAUAGCGAAAUAAAAACCGCAAGAUUGAAGGACAUUGAGAGACUUGUCUACGUUUUUGCCAACUUGAACAUCGAUCCGAACAACAGCGUCUACGAGAACGUGAUCAAUGAACUGAGGACUACUUGGGACACGAGCAGAGCGAGAGAGAUAUCAUUGUUUUCACAAACAGCUUCGCGUAUUUUAGGAUAUCUAGCGGUGCUAAAUAUCUAUCCCAUAGAUCUGAUCAAACGCAUCAUGAUGCCAGAGUUUAUCUCCAAUACGUGCAACAAUAAUUACCGUAAUCUCACGCGUGAAUAUUGCGUCCUGGAUUAUAGUCUUCGCGUGGAAGUGCCCGAGUACGAUGGGUUACUACUCAAGCCCACUACGGUCAAUAUGUUAGAGAAGAAAUAUUUCCAAGAAUUUUUUGAGUCCACUUUGACAGAGGCCUCUCGUAUGAAGAUGCUUCUCACAGAAGUGAAAGCAACAUGCGAAGAAAUGUUUAACAACACAUCGGACAUAGUAGUCAGUCGACCAUUACCACAUUACGCGACGCCAGAUAUUAUCAUCUGUCUGGACAAAUGGGACAAACUUAUGCCACUAGAGGAAUUUUUGUCGCAAUUUAAUCAGGGCGACAUUAUACACAUUGAUGAGACAAAUUCUAAAGACCUUAGGUGGAUCGCCCUUGUUUUGGCACAUCCCGGCCUUUUAACACGGAAUACCAAUUUACCCGUCGGACAUUUAGCCGCAAAACUAAGGCAGUUGCCCAAAAUUGGAUUCACGCCAAUCUUGAUGUCGUACAUUGAUUGGACAGCAUGUAGAACAUCCCAGCAGAAAUGUGAUUAUAUCAGGAAGCUUAUAUUUGAUACGCCAAAAUUGUCCAAUAUGUGAUAUCGACAAAAAAUAUACAAAUGUUAAUUUGCAAUAA